AUGGAGGGAAAUGGUCAUGCGAUAAUAUCGGCUCCAUCGGUUAUAUCUGACCAAAAGGAGUUGAGAAGUUUAGUAGAGGAUCAUUUAUUGAAAUUGAGUCAAGAUCUUUUCGAAAUGGAAAUCUGUGCUGGGGAAGUUGGAGAAGGUAUGGAAGGUGCUGUUCCUAGAUUAUUAGGUGAAAUCAACAAAUCUUUAUUACAACUAAAUCAAUUAUCUAGUCAAAUGACAGAUUCCGUUCCUAAUCAAAUUGUAGACAACAUAGAUAGAAAUAGAAAUCCACAUUCAUAUACUAAAAACACACUUUCGAGAGCUACAGGUGAGAAUCAAUAUGCUCUAGGACGUGUAUUAGGAUUAGAAAGCUUUAGAAAUCAACUUUAUUCUUCGAUAUCUGAAUCAUUCCCUCAAUUACCUUUACCUGAAAGAAGACAUCAACCUAUUCCUAACCGAAUUGAAAAAGAUGAAUUUCCAGCUGUACCUCCUCCUAUGAGAUAA